UUGACAAGAGCUUGACGCAGUUUCCAAAUAUGUCGGAAACUAAAAUCAUUUACCACAUAGACGAAGAAGAAACUCCUUAUCUUGUGAAACUUACAAUACCGCCCGAUCAAGUAACCCUAGCCGACUUCAAGAAUGUUCUCAAUCGCCCAAAUUAUAAAUUUUUCUUCAAAUCAAUGGACGACGAUUUCGGUGUUGUCAAGGAAGAAAUUGUUGAUGAUGAUGCUCACCUUCCAUGUUUCAAUGGAAGAGUCAUUUCAUGGCUAGUAUCUGCCGAAAGUAGCAUUUCAGAUUCUGUAUCGCAAUGUGCUGAGAGCACUGCCACUACAGAUGGAAGGCCACCUUCUUUUCACCCUGGCCAUAACAGAAGUAUGGCUGAGGAGUACACAACAGCUACAGAGACAGAAUCAGUCAUUAGUUCAAGGCACAGUGAGAGGCACAUUUUGCCCCGUUCUGGCCGUGUGCAUCGUGAGACUUAUGAAAAAUAUGAUCGCUUUGAUGUUCAAGCGCCCCGAAAUGGUCACAAUGCAAUGAGACAUAGAGUCGGGCACGAAUACGAAUCAUCUUCCAUGAUAAGCUCAGAUCUAGAGUCAACUAGUUUCGUCGACUCUGAAGAAGACGCAUCUUCACGCAUCACAACAACGACAGAUCACACCAGUGUGUCUCGCCAAGGCCGUAAUCGGAGACCUAAGCGUCGCCGUCCUCGUUUGCCUCCUUUGUCAUCACGAGCAUCGUCGUUUUCCAGUAUCACGGAUUCCACAAUGUCGCUCAACAUCAUCACCGUCACGCUUAACAUGGACACAGUCAACUUUUUAGGAAUUUCCAUUGUGGGCCAGAGUCAUCAAGGUGGUGACGGUGGGAUUUACGUUGGAUCCAUAAUGAAAGGUGGUGCUGUGGCUUUGGAUGGAAGGAUUGAACCUGGUGACAUGAUCCUUCAAGUCAAUGAUAUUAACUUCGAAAAUAUGUCAAAUGAUGACGCAGUGCGCGUGUUGCGGGAAGUAGUGCAAAAACCUGGUCCAAUCAAACUCGUAGUUGCGAAAUGUUGGGAUCCCAAUCCAAAAGGCUACUUUACGAUACCCCGUACCGAACCCGUUCGCCCUAUUGAUCCUGGUGCAUGGGUUGCUCACACAGAAGCAGCUAGAGGUGGAAAUCAAUACCCAAACAGACCACCAUCGGUAGCUACAAUGUCGUCCACUACGACAUCAAUGAUGUCUAGUAUGCCAGAAACCGAACGUCCUGUUGAAGAAGCCCCUCUUACAGCGCGCUCAGACAUGCUUGCAAUUGUGAGGGCGAUGGCGCGCCCAGAUUCCGGACUUGAAGUUAGAGAUCGACUUUGGUUGAAAAUAGUAAUUCCCAAUGCGUUUAUUGGAUCGGACGUGGUCGACUGGCUUCACAACCGUGUGCAAGGCUUAGAGGAACGUCGUGAUGCUCGCAAGCUGGCUUCUCAGCUCUUGCGUGCUGGCUACAUCAGACAUACAGUAAACAAGUACACAUUCUCGGAGCAGUGCUAUUACGUCUUCGGAGACCUUUGUUUGGGUGUUUCGGCCCUUCGUCUAACCGACGAUGCGGCAUCGGAAGCAGAUAGGGACACACUCGCUCCUCUGCCGUUGCCGACUCCUUGGGGCAGUGGUCCUGGUGCAACUGUCGCUGGUGCAGCUACGCCUCACAUACCUUACUACCCAACCGGUUAUGCGCCCAUGCCUUACAGCUACAGCAGUGAUCCUCUUGGAUCGGCGCCUGUACAAAGCACGACAUUCACUUAUGGAAGAGAAGGCAGUGUUCAUAGUGGAUCAGGGAGUAGUGGAUCAGAUGUGCGCAGUGGAUUGAUGGGUGGAGAUAGGAGUCAGCCGCCUUCACUGUUAGGUGCAGUGAAUCCGGUAGGGCCUGGGAUUCACGGGUCGUCAAGCAGUAGCGGCAGUAGAAGCAGCGACGGGGAUUCUCAGAUAGCCGUGAACUGUGUACCCGGCGGCCCUGCUGGUGGGGUGCGACCGAUAGGUGGCCAAGGUGGAAACCGGCCUUUGAAUCAAGUUCCGGAUGAUGUGUCCGGAUCGCGACAGUCUUUCCGAAUGGCCAUGACAAAUCCAUGCAAUAUGAGCGAAUAUUUUGUCGACGUAAUGUGAUUGAGAAGUUUACACCUUCGCCUAUUUUAUUCGGGAAGUGGAAGGUAAAGAGUAACGUAAGUCACUUCCAUCCCUAUUUUCCGCUUGGUUUCAAAGUUAAAAAAAAAAAAAACGUUAAUUCAAUUCGUAAUUAAUGGUGCCCUUUCCUGAUAGCUAUUCCUUACGGCCAAGAUUCUUCUUAUUCAGCAGACAGAUGAAUUUUCUCAUUUGUAUUUAGUUUUUAAACAAUACCAAGCUUGCAUGGAUUAAUUCCCCUCCCCCAAACCUGCUUUCUUUAAAUGCUAUGAGCUAACCCCUCCUCUGGCCAUUUUAUGUCAACUUGUUUCUUCUGCCGCCGUAGUUCAGAAGCAAAAACAUCUUGUUCUGGCAGCUCAAAAUCAGCAGUGACGCGGUGCAAUAACUUCAAAAAAUCUUGUAUCUAUCCUGUUUCUUUCGUCCUAAUAGUUUCCCUGGUAUCUAUAUAAGUGAUUCGUGUUGAGAAUCUCCCAAAAGAAAAUGUGUAACACUGUUCUUGUCGAAAUUACAUCCUUUAUUUCAACAACACACAAA